GAUUGCGCAACAGAGGACAGCUCUGCCCUCACGCUUGUGCUGCCAGAGCACGCCAGCCAUUCCGACAUUUGCAAAGUCUGCAGCAGUAGCGCCGCAACCCUCGGAGAGCAGAGAUGUUUUCCUGCAGAGUGGCCUGGCAAAGGUGCAGGCUUUUGGCACGAAAAACAGCCUACGGGGUGCCCCGGGAUGUUUUACAGAGGCAGCCGAUGUCAACCGUUCCUGGUGGCUCUGGAGAAAACAUUUUGUACGCUGUGCUGUGUGGGGGAGCCUUAGUUGGGGCUAUGUCAUAUGCAUACAGCACUCUGUCCACAGAUCAGAUCAGGUUCGAUGAGCGCAUGGUAGAAAUCAAUUCUAGACCAAAGAUGGAGUGGGUACCUAAACCCUGGCCACCUAAGAGCAAGGAUGAUGAAGAGGGCGGAGAGGAGGAGGCAGCAGCAGAGGCGACCAGCGGAGAGGGCGAGGAUGGGGAAGAGGAGGCUGCUGCAGAGACUGUAGUGGAAGCAGGCAGUGAUGUGGUGGCUGAGGCAGCACAAGAAGUGGAACUGAUUGGAGAAGAAGCGGUUGAGGCUGUUGAGGACACCGCCCAGUCUGUUGCAGAGCCAGCUGCGGAGCCCGAAAGUAAUGUGCUGCUGGCAGCUGCCUCUGCUCUAGAGGUACUGAAGAUUGCUGAAGUAAAAGAAGAACUGGCACCCACUGUUGAAAAUGUCACAGAUGAGGAGUCCUCAGCACCCCUGGAGGCAAAGCAUGGAGAAGAAUCUGCACCAGUUGAGGAGGCUUCUGAGCUACCAGAAAAGGUUCUUUUGACAGUAGAAGCUACAUCUGCAGAAAAGGGUCCUGAAGCUCCUGCUCCAGCAGAUGUUAUAGUUGCAGUAAAUGAAGAGGUCCCUUCACCAGUGGAGGUUUCACUAGUUGUUGAGGAGGCUCCUGUGGUAAUAGAGGUUGCUGAGGAGGCCUCUGUAGCAAUGAAGGCAGCACCACUUGCUCUGGAAACCCCUGCUCCUGCUGAAGAGGGCAAUGCACCUGUUGCUGAAGAAACCCUUGCAAUAGUUGAGAAGGACCCAUUUGUUGAGGAGACCCCUGCUCCACUAGAGGUUGCUGAGGAGACUCCUGCACCAAUGGCUGAAGAGGUCCCUGCACCAAUGGAGGCUGCACCAAUUGUUGAAAAGGCUACUGCAGCAGUUGUUGAAGAGCUCCUGGCAACAGAUGUUGCACUAGUUGUUGAAGAUGCAGCUGCACCAGUUGAUGAAGAGGCUCCUGCAUUAUUUGAGGUUGCACCAGUUAUUGAAGAGGUCCCUCCUCCAGUGGAAAUUGCACCAGUUGUUGAGGAGGACCCUACACAACCUGAGGUUACACCAGUUGUUGAGGAGGCCCCUACACAACCUGAGGUUGCACCAGUUGUUGAGGAAGCCCCUACUCCAGUGGAAAUUGCACCAGUUGUGGAGGAGGCCCCUACUCCAGUGGAAAUUGCACCAGUUGUGGAGGAGGCCCCUACACAACCUGAGGUUGCACCAAUUGUUGAGGAGGCCCCUGCUCCAGUGGAAAUUGCACCAGUUGUUGAGGAGGCCCCUGCAGAAGUAGAGCUUGUACCAGUUGUUGAGGAGGCCCCUGCACCAGUGGAAAUUGCACCAGUUGUUGAGGAGGCCCCUGCACUAAUAGAAGCCGGUGUUGCCACAGCUUUAGUUGAAGGUCCAGCCACCACCGCAGACGUUGUGGCAGCCUCUGCUGCAGAAGUAUCCAACCUGGUGUUGGAAGAAGCAGCUAUAGCCCCUGUGGAGACGCAGGCAGGAGAGCCUAAAAAAGAAUACAUUGUUGUUGUUUUGGAAGGAACUCCUAAAGAAGAAAAGAGGCCCAAGGUACUGGGUGUGGGGCCCAUGACUGGCAGACUCAUUGCUGCCCCAGAUGAUGAUGAUGCCCCUGCUUCUGAGGGAAUGGCUGCUCACUGAUGACUUUCUAUCCUGCAAUGACGAUGAUGUGCCUUUCUCCAAUACAUUCUGUACACCAAUACACACGGGGACUAAAGUGUUGUUAUAGUUUACACACACAUUCCACACAGUGUUUAGAUCAGUUUUUGCUUUAGAGCCAUCAUCCUCACAUAUUAGCAGUAGCCCAUAUGGCUUAAGCCUACAGCAUUUUACACUGACUAGCUUUAGGUGAGUGGGCUGCUCUUUUAGUAGCCUUAAUAACAGUUAUUACAACCUCUGUGAAUUGCAGUCUGUUUACAGCUUACAAAAAACUACCAUUCAGAAAUCUUUUUUUCUUCCUGUUUACUGUUUAAGAAAAUUGAGUGGAAUAUGUCAGUACUCACUUCCACAUCCCACUGACCUAGUCAAUACUGCAACAGUGUUUUGUCUUCAGACCACCAGCAUUCUUUAUGGUACCUGACCCACUCUGUUUUUUCUUCUGUUUCACCUGUAGCAACCUUACUACCUCAGUUUCCUCCUGCUAUCGAUUUCUUCAUAAAGCUGUUACGGGUGCUGAAGCCAGCAACAAUUGCUUCAAUGAGCACAAUUUUUUCUUUCAGAAGCUGUAAGAAGAUUGCCCAAAAAGUUAAACCUGUAAAUCUGUAUAAGGCAGAUAUGUGUUGAUUUCCCUCAGCGAAUUUAACAGUGACAUUAAAUAAAAACGGCUGCUUUCACUGGGUUCAGACUAACGGCUACACACCAUUUCUCAUAGUAUUUGGGCCUCAAUAGCCAGUAACCAUGCACAAAGCAACACUGCAGGUUUUUACUGGCUUAUUCAGCAUUGUUAACUUUUUUAUAGUUUACUCUUCCUCCUUCAUGUUGACACUCCAAUGAAAAUACACUGAAUGUACAAUUGAUUAGUUACCUCUUUUGCACAAUCCAUAUCCUCCAGAGCCCCACUGGUGACACGGGUAGGAACAGUAUUGCUAGUAAUGCAUGGGAAUUAAGUGAUCAAGUUCUGGCCGAGUUAAGAGUAGGAAUUGUGAUAAUUACAUUAAGGUCAUGUAUUAAUGCAUGACUUGCGGACACGGUGCUGCUCUUCAUGAAGCUGCAGCAUGUUUUCAAGUAUGUUCAGUCUUGCUGUGGGAAGAAGUUUGUGUUUGAUAAGUGUUGCAGUAUGUGAGAAGAAAAGUCUGCAAUGUGAAAUGUUUGGACAUCUCUCCGUUAGUCCUGUCUUCCUUUCUUUGUUCCUUUAGACUUUUACACUCUUCAACUACAUUUCUGGCGUUGUUAGCUUCUUGAAACAAAUGUUGGAUCGCUGGGUGUUAGUUCGCACUCAAAGCACAGAAACUGUGACUUUUGACUCUUUUUCUUGUUUUUCAAAAUAAAGAGUGAUAUAAACAGAA